AUGCCCAGUCGAGUUGCCGCCCGUUCGACCUCUAGGACGUCCCGCAAACCCUCUAGCCAGCCGUCUCGCGCCGGAUCUGCCACGCCGUCCAUCGCCAUCCCUGAAGAGCCCUCGUUGCCCGAGGCCAUCCCCAGCCUGCGCCGCGAUGUCUGUUCCAUUUUUGCCGAUGCUCAGCGCUCAACGACCGGCCAUCGAAAACUCACCGUGCGCCUACGAAAACUGCAAGAGUCCUGCUGCGGCAUCCGAAGCUCAAAGAAAGACGGCAGCACGAAAGUUCCGGAUGACGUUUUGAUGGGCGAGGAGACUAUCCCCGAGAAGGAAUUCAAUAUCGAAAUCGGUCGCUGCAUGCUGCGCAUUCUGCCGAUCAAGAAAUCAGAACCCGUCGGCGAUCGCAUUCUUCGCUUCCUAGGAAAUUUCUUGAUUCAUGCCUCCGAGAAAGAUGCAGAGAUUUUCGCCGCCGAGGAUGACGACCACGUUCCCGAAACACCGACUGCCCGACUGACGACGAGCAUAGUGGCCCUCGUGGUGCCGUUGCUGUCGGCGAAAGAUCGCACCGUGCGAUUCCGUGCCACCCAGAUCAUUGCGCAUAUUGUCAACUCCCUCGACACUGUCGACGACGACCUGUAUCAUGCUAUUCGGCAAGGUCUUUUGAAGCGAAUCAGAGACAAGGAGACUUCCGUCCGAGUCCAGGCGGUGAUGGGCCUUGGUCGCUUGGCGGGAAAUGAAGAGGAUGAUGAUAACGAUGAUAGUACGGCGCUUGUCGAGAAGCUGGUGGAGAUCAUGCAGAAUGAUACCAGUGCCGACGUGCGGAAAACCUUGCUUCUCAACCUACCCCUCCUCCCUAACACCCUUCCUUAUCUGUUGGAACGUGCCCGCGAUCUUGAUGCAGCGACGCGACGUGCCCUGUAUUCCCGCCUCUUGCCCACUCUGGGAGAUUUUCGUCACUUGUCCCUGUCGAUGAGAGAGAAAAUGCUUCGAUGGGGCUUACGUGACCGUGACGAGAGCGUUAGAAAGGCCACAGGCAAACUCUUCUUCGACCGCUGGAUCGAGGACGUGGCAGGCUCGACUCAGGACUCUGAAGGAGGUCCCAUCCAACGCUCGCCCCCGAACAUCCCGGCCCUUAUGGAGUUGCUGGAGAGAAUCGACGUGGUCAACUCUGGCGUGGAGUCCGGAAUUGCGCAUGAGGCUAUGCGGAGCUUCUGGGAAGGCCGACCCGACUAUCGGGAGGCCGUCGUUUUCGACGAGGAGUUCUGGGAAUCCAUGACCGGUGAAUCGGUCUUUCUGCUUCGGUCCUUUAACGAUUUCUGUCGCGUGGAGAAUGAAGGAAAAUACGAAAGCCUGGCGGAUGAGAAGAUCCCGGAAGUUACAGCCCUUGCUUACUACCUGCACAAAUAUUUGUCGGCCCUUCUACAAAAGAAGAAAGAAUCCAAAGAUACUGGGGAUGCUAACGAUGAUGACUGCGUGGAGCUCGAGUUCGUGGUCGAGCAACUUCUCCACGUGGCCAUGACCCUGGAUUACAGUGACGAGGUGGGACGACGAAAGAUGUAUACUCUUCUACGGGAGUCCUUGGCGGUCCCGGAACUACCUCAGGAAAGCACCAAACUCACCAUCGAGACUUUGCGGUUUGUGUGCGGCCCCGCGGUCGCUGCCGAGAACGAAUUUUGCAGCGUUGUAUUGGAAGCUAUCGCCGAAGUCCACGACACGAUCACGACCGAGGACAGCUUCGUCUCGGCCAAGUCAGAGAUCAGCGACGACACCGCAAGCCGUCACCGUUCUGAGACCCCGGGUGACGGCGAGGCCGACAAGCCCUUCAACAAGGAAGAGGCUAAGGCCAAGAUCCUGCGGGAGAUCGUGGUGAACAUGAAGUGUCUGCACAUUGCCCUGUGCAUGCUGCAAAACGUGCAGGGCAACUUGCAGGAUAACAUGAACUUGGUUACCAUGUUGAAUAACCUCGUGGUGCCGGCAGUUCGAAGUCACGAGGCUCCCAUCCGUGAGAGGGGCCUGGAAUGUUUGGGACUCUGCUGUUUGUUAGACAAGACCCUAGCCGAAGAGAACAUGACGCUCUUCAUCCAUUGCUACAGCAAGGGCCACGAGGCUUUGCAGGUCACCGCCCUCCACAUUCUGUGUGAUAUGCUGACCACCCACCCCUCCUUGUUAACGCCCGUCACUCAAUCGGACGGAGAGACUAUUACCCCACCCGUGUUCCAGAAACCCUUGCUCAAGGUGUUUGCCCGCGCCCUCAAGUCGAGCUCCCCGAUGACGGUGCAAUCGGCCGCCGCUACUGCGCUCUCGAAACUGUUGCUCACCAAUGUCUUCACACCAUCCGGGUCGAACAUCCCGCAAGCCAUCCUGGAUUACAACCAGAUCACCAUCGAAACUCUGCUGUCGAAUCUGGUGGUGUCUUUCUUCCACCCGCGCACUCGAGAGAACCCGGCCCUCCGACAGUCCUUGGCUUACUUCUUCCCCGUCUACUGCCAUUCCCGCCUCGACAACACCCAACAUAUGCGACGAAUCAUCGUUCCGGUGAUUCGCACGGUCCUGAACUCGGCCGAAGAGCAUUACUCUCUUGAAGCGGAGGAAGAUAGCGAUGGCGAUAUCGACGAGACGGCGGGCCAGAGGGAGCUGAAGGCACUGAUGAGCGGUCUCUUGGGCAUGGUCGCGGAGUGGACCGACGAGCGCCGAGUGCUCGGCCUGGGCGGCGAGAAGGUGCUCACGGGGGCCUCUGCAAGUCCCAACGUCUGUGGAUUCGUUCACCUGGGACUCGUCAAGGAUAUCCUGGAACGGGUACUGGGCAUCAGCGAAGGCCCCAAUCGCUGUUCCAAGGAUGAGAAGAAGCUUCUCUUCUCGCUGAUGAGCAAGCUCUACAUCUCCCCGCCCACAGUCCCCUCGCGCUCGAGCUCUCGCAACCCCGAAGGCGACGAUCCCCUCCGCUCCAGCGUUCGCAGCACCCAGGUCGACAUCUCGGCCGACAAUGCCCAGCUCUCUCAAGAAGUCAAAGAGCUACUCGACGAGACGAUCGAAGAGGGUCUCGCGGCCGAGGCAUCCGGCCGUAACGCGCUCGUCAAGGUGAAGAACGCCGUGCUGAAGAUUUUGGCCGUCGCGCAAGGCGCUCGCCCGCCUAGCGUCCGACCGAAGGAUGAAGGCGAGGAGGGCGACAGCGACAUGAUGAGCGUACGAUCCGGCAGCGUACGAUCGAACAGUGUGCGUCCGUCCGUUGAACCCGGUGUCCGUCGUCGGGGUGUAUCCAUCGAACCCAGUAUUAUGGAGGAGGAUGAGAAUGAGGAUAGUCGGCAUACGAUUAUCAAGUCGGAGGUGAUCGAGGAGGAAGAUGAGGAGUAA